UCUUCCUCCCCCCCGCUCCGCUCGUGCUUGUUCGUUCACUUCCGGUCGGCAUUUUGUCUGCGAGAGGGGAGCCGCGAUCGCCGAGCCCGCGAUCGGCCGCUGCUCGGGAGGCGCGCACCGCCGUAGCGUGAGGAGCAGAGGGAGCAGGGCAGGCCGCUGAGCCCGAGCCGAGGCCGCACAGUGGGCGGGCGGGCUGGCGGGCGGGAGAGGGAGCGCGCCGCGAGUUCACGUCCCUUCAUGUCCGCCGAGUGUUGUUGUUCUGCCCGCCGCCCUGUUUAUCGCCGCGGAGACCGGAGGAGACGGCUCGCCUCGGCCGCCGCGUCGACAGCGGCUUCUUCCUGAGUGUCUGGGAGAUGUGAAGUAAGGUUGGCUGGGACUUAAACUGAACUAUCUGUGUAUAAACUAUCUCUACAACUUCAGGAUGAAUGGGGAUAUGCCUCAUGUUCCCAUCACCACACUUGCUGGGAUUGCUAGCCUCACUGAUUUACUGAAUCAGCUUCCACUUCCCUCUCCACUGCCUGCUACCACCACCAAGAGCUUGCUAUUUGGAGGGAGAAUUGCAGAAGAUGUAAAUUGCCUCAUGGGCUGUCGAGAUGAAAGCCUCAUCUCACAGUUAGUACAUAGCCUCAGUCAAGUCUCCACAGAUCAUAUAGAGCUGAAGGAUAACCUUGGUAGUGAUGAUCCAGAGGGCGAUAUUCCAGUUCUUCUGCAGGCUGUGCUGGCCAGAAAUCCCAAUGUCUUCAGGGAGAAAAGCAUGCAGAACCGAUAUGCAGUGCAGAGUGGUAUCAUGCAGCAACAGAUCAUCCAACAGUACAAAUUACCCCAGAAUUCCAUUCACGGAAGCCCUGCAUCCUCCACAUUUCAGCAGUCCACAAUCUCACACAGUCCUUCCAGUCGGUUUGCACCACCUCAGUCAAGUUCUACCAACAGAUACAUGACUCAACAGAACAGCCCCGUGCCCAGUCCAUAUGCUCCCCAGAGCCCUCCUGGUUACAUCCAAUAUCCACAGCAUCCUCCAAGCUACACACAGCAUCAGCAAAUACAGCAAGCUUCUGUUUCAAGCCCCAUGAUUCCCAGUGGCAUGCGGAAUAUUCAUGAUAGUAAAGUGACAAGUCAGUUGUCGGGCUCUUCAUCCAAUCACCAUUCAGAUAAUUCCAGACAUGGAUCAAAUGAGGACUACAUUCACAUGGUUCAUCGGCUUGGAUCAGAGGAUGGCGAUUCUUCAUUGAGAAAUGCUUCCUUCCCUUUAAGGUCCCCACAGGCGGUGUGUUCUCCUGCGAGCAGUGAUGGGACUCCGAAAGCAUCCAGGCCGCCUCUGAUCUUGCAGUCGCCGCCUCCUUACACCUCACCCAGAGAUGCCCCACCUGAUAUUCUGCUGGACUCCCCAGACAGGAUGGGAAGCAAGAAGAAAAAUAAAAAGGCUAAGCUCACCAAGGAGGAUAAAGAACAGGCAGAUAAGACUGCUAUGUAUGACAUUGUCAGCUCUCCAUCUAAAGACUGUACAAAGCUCACUCUGAGGCUGACUCGAGUUCGAGAUCAGCAGGAUGAUAUGCUCCUAAACAUGGACAGCAGUACAGAGAAUGAGGCAGAAAUGAACAGUAUGCAAUUCCCAGAACAGACUGCAAAGCAGUCAGGGACUCCUAAUGAUAUCCAUGGCUCAGUGAACGUUUCUGGGCAGUGUGUGCCACAACAGGAGCAGGCCUUUCUUCAAGCACAGCAGGUCCCUGUCUUACAACAGAACACUGCAGUUGGAACAGUGAAAACAACACAGUCACAGUUACAGCCACUGCAGCAACCAUCACAACAGCAGACUAUGACACCAUACGAUGAGGUAGAAUUGGAUGCUUUAGCAGAGAUUGAACGGAUAGAGCGAGAGUCUGCAAUGGAAAGAGAGAGAUUUUCCAAGGAGGUACAGGAUAAAGAUAAACCCUUAAAGAAACGGAAGCAAGACUCAUUUCCUCAAGAGACUGCUGGAGGAGGUGGUAGUGGGGGUGCUGCAAGCAGGCCUGCACUCUUGGUCAGUAUAGAUCUACAACAUGCAGGAAGAACUGAUGGACAAGCAGUGCCCCCUCUAGAUUCAGACAGUGUGAAGAAAUCUUUGGAGAUGGUACGGCAGGCCACUGAAGGAACUUUAAUUUCACGGCAGGAAGAGGCAAUGGUGGUAUUAAAACCCAAGUUGGAAAGUCAUCCGGUAGUUCCCAGGAGGAAAUCGGAAAACGAGGGGCCAAAAGAUGAUGGCCAGAAGAACGAUAGCCGACCUGACGUGAUAAAGUCUAGGUCAGAAACACCGAAGCAGAAAAGUGAGAACCGACCAGAGACACCAAAAGUAAAGCAUGAAAGUAAACGAGAUGUGUCUAAACUAACUCCAGAAAAGAGACCUGAAAUAUCCAAACACAAACACGAGGGAAAAUCGGAUCAUACCAAAACAAAAAUUGAGAGUAGAUCAGAAACACAGAAACCACGGCAUGAAGGACGACAGAGUUCAGACACUCUGAAGGAUAAACGAGAGCUACACCAGGAAGCACAGAAACAGAAAUUGGAUGAGAAAAACGAUCCUGAAAGAGGAAAAGUGGAUCCAUCAAAGGUCAGGAGACCAGAGACUCCCAAACUAAGUAAGAGUGAAUCUGAAAGUAAACCAAUGAGAAAUGAGCCUGCUAAACAUAACCGGACAGAGUCCUCCAAAUCAGUGAGGGUAGAAAGGAAAGUGUGUUCUGACUCUAGUGACAGAGGCGACAGGAAUGAACGCCGUUCACCAGAAGAGCAGAGGUUGCGAUCAGAAAGUCCCAGAGUUAAACAAGAUAGCAGAGAUCCUGGGAAAAUAAAACCUGAAGUGAAAGAUCGAUUUGCUUUAAAGCAGAGUAGGAGAUCAGACAUUCCAUCUGGAUCUUUGAGCAAUAAAGAGAGGGAUGAUCGAAGAUCAGAGGGGAGCAAAGUAAAAUCAGAGACCCUCAAACCCCUUUCUGAUGACAAAGAAAAAUUUCCCAGCUAUCUGCUGGGGGGAGGAAGGUCUGAUGCACUUAAAAACUUUGUUAUUCCAAAAAUCAAGCGGGAUAAGGACGGCAAUGUUUGCAAUGAGCAAAAGGAAUUGAGGAAGUCUGUGGAUAAAAAUGAAUUAAAAUUAAAGGUAGACAAGAUGGAUCUAGUGGAGGACCUGAAGAAAGUGAUCAAGCCUGUUGUGGUUCUCCAUAAAUUACCUUUUGAUGAAGUGCAGAAAUUUAUCAAGGACAAUGAAGACAAAAAUGCAUCAAGAAGCUCCAGCAAAUCGAAGAGUAGACUGCCUUCCAAGCCAAGUAAAGGUGGAAUUGACCAGUCGGUGUUGAAGGAGCUGCCCCCUGAUCUCCUUGCAGAGAUAGAAUCCACAAUGCCACUCUGUGAGCGAGUGAAGAUGAACAAACGGAAGCGCAGUACAGUAAAGGAAAAGCCAAACUAUGCAGAAAUCAGCUCAGAUGAAGGAGACAAUGACAGCGACUUUGAAACGACGUCCAAACACCACGAGGAGAAUCGCUUUCAUUCAAAAGGUGGCAGUUCAAAAGCCAAGCGAGCAAAGUACUCCAGCCAUAAACAAAGGGUGAUAGUCAUGCUGUACAACAGGGUGUGCGACAUUGUCUCCAACAUGGCAGAACUGCUGGAGAUACAGCUCCUCACCGACACUACAAUCCUUCAGGUUUCUUCUAUGGGGAUUACACCAUUUUUUGUGGAAAACGUCAGUGAGUUGCAGUUGUGUGGUAUCAAGCUGGUGACAGCUGUGUUCUCUAGGUAUGAGAAGCACAGACAGUUGAUACUGGAAGAGAUGUUUGCCUCACUUGCAAAACUCCCAACAAGUAAGAGGAGUUUACGAAAUUUCAGGUUAAACAGCAGUGAUAUGGAUGGAGAACCACUCUUUAUUCAGAUGGUAACAGCCUUAGUCUUGCAGUUGAUCCAAUGUGUUGUACAUCUCCCAGCUACCGAGAAGGACUCCAAUGCUGUUGAUGAGGAAGGGGAAAAGAAGAUUGAUCAAGAUGUUCUAAUUACCAACUCGUAUGAAACAGCAAUGAGAACAGCCCAGAACUUCCUCUCAGUCUUCCUCAAAAAGUGUGGAAGUAAGCAAGGCGAAGAAGAUUACAGACCGCUGUUUGAAAACUUUGUGCAGGAUUUACUUUCCACAGUCAACAAACCAGAGUGGCCAGCAGCAGAAUUGCUGCUGAGCCUCUUGGGAAGACUACUGGUUCACCAGUUCAGUAACAAGUCAACAGAAAUGGCCUUGCGAGUAGCUUCACUUGAUUAUCUCGGAACAGUAGCAGCACGGCUGAGGAAAGACGCUGUAUCCUGCAAAAUGGAUCGGGAGUCAAUCAACCGGAUACUCAAACAGGUUUCAGGGAUUGAGGACGAAGUUCAGCAGCUACAGAAGGCAUUGCUGGAUUACCUAGAUGAGAAUACCGAGACUGACCCCUCACUAAUGUUUGCUAGGAAAUUUUACAUUGCACAAUGGUUCCGUGACACUACAAUGGAGACAGAAAAAGCAAUGAAGUCACAGAAUCAGAAGGAUGAUGACUCCUCAGAUGGGACACAGCAUGCCAAGGAGCUUGAAUCCACAGGAGAGAUUAUGCAAAGGGCAGAAAAACGCAAGAAGUUCCUUCGCUCUGUCAUCAAAACUGCCCCAACUCAAUUUAGCACCCUGAGAAUGAACUCUGCUAAUGUGGACUAUGAGGAUGCCUGUCUGAUUGUCCGAUACUUGGCCUCUAUGAGGCCGUUUGCACAGAGCUUUGAUAUUUAUUUGACGCAGAUUCUACGUGUUCUAGGAGAAAGUGCGAUUGCUGUACGAACAAAGGCCAUGAAAUGUCUGUCUGAGGUAGUUGCAGUGGAUCCCAGCAUACUUGCAAGGUUGGACAUGCAACGCGGGGUCCAUGGGCGCCUGAUGGACAACUCCACAAGUGUUCGUGAAGCAGCUGUGGAGUUACUUGGUCGCUUUGUGCUGAGUCGACCUCAGCUUACAGAGCAGUAUUACGACAUGUUGAUCGAGAGGAUACUGGACACUGGCAUCAGUGUGAGGAAGAGGGUGAUUAAGAUUCUGCGCGACAUCUGUAUUGAACAACCAACGUUCUCCAAAGUGACUGAGAUGUGCGUGAGAAUGAUUCGCAGAGUCAAUGAUGAAGAGGGUAUUAAGAAAUUGGUAAACGAAACAUUCCAGAAACUCUGGUUCACUCCCACACCUUCUCACGAUGCUGAAGGAAUGACCCGGAAAAUUUUAAAUGUCACAGAUGUGGUUGCUGCAUGCAGGGAUACUGGGUACGAUUGGUUUGAGCAACUUCUUCAGAACCUGUUGAAGUCUGAGGAAGAUGCCUCAUACAAGCCUGUGAAGAAAGCCUGCAUACAGAUAGUGGAUAAUCUUGUAGAACACAUUCUGAAGUACGAGGAGUCAUUGGCAGAUUCAGAUAGUAAGGGCAUGAAUACCAACUGUCUGGUGGCCUGCUUAAUCACCUUGUACCUGUUCAGCAAAAUCCAGCCUCAUCUGAUGGUGAAACAUGCAAUGACACUGCAGCCAUAUCUUACCACAAAGUGCAAUACACAGAGCGACUUCCUUGUCAUCUGUAAUGUGGCAAAGAUUUUGGAAUUAGUGGUUCCAUUGAUGGAGCAUCCAAGUGAGACCUUCUUGGCCACUAUAGAGGAAGACCUCAUGAAGCUUAUCCUUAAGCAUGGAAUGACGGUCGUGCAGCAUUGUGUGAGCUGUCUGGGAGCUGUAGUGAACAGAGUAACUCACAACUACAAGUUUGUCUGGGCCUGUUUCAAUAGGUAUUAUGGUGCUCUAACUAAGCUGAAGGCACAGCAUCAGGAGGAUUCCAACAGCACCACUCUGGUUGGCAAUAAACCCGCUCUCCUUCGUUCCCUUUUUACUGUUGGUGCACUGUGCCGUCAUUUUGACUUUGAUCAGGAGGAGUUUAAAGGCAACACUAAGGUGAUUAUUAAAGAAAAGGUGCUUGAACUUCUGCUGUACUUCACAAAACAUGAAGAUGAAGAAGUUCAGACCAAAGCAAUCAUAGGCUUGGGUUUUGUUUUUAUUCAACAUCCGGAUCUCAUGUUUGAACAAGAAGUGAAGAAUUUAUAUAACAAUAUUCUUCGAGACAAGGAAGCCUCAAUUGGGCUGAAAAUCCAGAUCCUGAAGAAUCUUCAGACAUACCUGCAGGAGGAAGAUUGCCGCAUGCAGCAAGCAGAUAAAGAUUGGAAGAAAGUGGCCAAGCAGGAAGAUCUCAAGGAAAUGGGUGAUAUUUCCUCAGGAAUGAGCAGUUCCAUCAUGCAGCUCUACCUCAAACAGGUUCUGGAAGCAUUUUUCCACACACACUCUCCAGUUCGCCACUUUGCACUUAAUGUCAUCGCUUUGACGCUAAACCAGGGCCUGGUCCACCCUGUUCAAUGCGUGCCAUAUCUGAUUGCCAUUGGAACAGAUCCAGAAUCUACAAUGCGUAACAAAUCGGAUCAACAGCUGGUGGAAAUAGAUAAAAAGUACACUGGAUUUGUACAUAUGAAAGCAGUAGCAGGGAUGAAGAUGUCAUACCAGCUUCAACAAUCCAUCCACUCUGAGAUAAAGGAAAUAAUCCGUGGCUUCAGACAGGAGGAGAAUGUGACCGCUUUGUGUUCACAUCUCUACAGCAUGAUCCGAGGAAACCGACAACAUCGACGCGCCUUCCUCAUCGCCUUACUCAACUUAUUCGAUGACAGUGCAAAAACCGAGGUGAACCUGCUGCUGUACAUAGCGGACAACUUGGCCUGUUUCCCUUUCCAGACGCAGGAGGAGCCUCUGUUUAUUAUGCAUCACAUUGAUAUUACACUUUCAGUCUCCGGAAGUAAUCUGUUGCAGUCCUUCAGGGAGUCUCUGUUGAAAGAAGCAUUGCCGAAGGAAAAAGCAUCUCCAAGUUCGGAAGACAGUGGGAGUGAGGAUGAGUCACAGCGGCCUCGCAAGUCCAGGAAACGGUUCAACUCCGACUCAAGUGACGAUGAAGAUGAUCUGGAAGAUGUGCUCUCUCGGUUGCCUCCAGACUCAACCCCUCUCCUGGAAUUUGUGAAUGCUUCUCAGGGAAUUCUGUUGUUGUUGGUCCUGAAGCAACAUCUGAAGAAUCUUUAUGGCUUCUCAGACAGUAAAAUCCAAAAGUAUUCUCCAUCUGAAUCUGCUAAAGUGUACGACAAAGCAGUGAACAGGAAAUCAGGAGUGCACUUUAACCCCAGGCAGACGCUGGAUUUCCUGAGGAAUGGAGUAGGACAUGCCGAGAUCACAGAAUCAGUGAAGAGGAGUAUCGUCAAACAAUACUUAGACUUCAAAACACUGAUGGAACACCUGGAUCCAGAUGAAGAGGAUGAGGAUGGGGAGGUGUCUGCCAGCACAGCUGCCCGAAACAAGGCAAUCAACGCACUGCUGGGAGGCAGUAGCCCGAAAAACAAUGCGGAAACAGAUGAUGAGGAGAGUGACGGCGAGGAGCGAGUAGGUGGAGGCAUUGCAGGGGCCACCAGAAGGUCGAAGCGACUGUCGGACGCUGGGGACCUGGGCGCUCAGAUGCACGAGGCUGUGGAAGUGAUGGAUGUGAUUGCCAUUUGCUGCCCGAAGUAUAAAGACAGGCCUCAGAUUGCCAGAGUUGUGGAAAAGACCAGCAGUGGUUUCAGUGUACAUUGGAUGGCUGGUUCAUACAGCGGUUCUUGGACAGAGGCUAAGCGGAGAGAGGGCCGCAAGCUGGUGCCUUGGGUUGACAGUAUCAAAGAGACGGACAUCAUUUACAAGAAAAUAGCCCUGACAAGUGCAAAUAAGCUGACUAACAAAGUUGUUCAGACUCUACGGUCGCUGUAUGCAGCAAAGGAAGGCUCUUCCUGCUAACACGACUAACACUGCAGCCAAACACAGCAGUGAGGAGAAUAAACUUGGGGCUAAAAGACCACAUUCUGGCAACACUUACACAUCGGAUGGUUUCACAGUUGGAGUAACUCUGUACUGAGAUCCACACACAGAACAGAUGGAGACAGGCGAAAGGAAGGAAUGAUUGUCAGAUACCAUUUUCCCGUGGGAGCUUCCUUCGCUGUUGUACAGCCAAAUCUUCUCGAUUGAUUUUAAACUCCCACUGUAUUAUAGUUUAACAAAACAAAAAUUGUUUAUAUCUUGGAAAAAGAAUUCUGUUUAAAAAUAAAAGUUAAGUGAAUGUU